AUGGUGGAGCUGCUCCAUGUGGGUUUCAUGGACUGGCUGGCGCUGGCUGUGGCUGUGGCGUUAUACUACUUUCUUGUCGAGCAGCUAUCAUACCGCCGCAAGAAGGGGGCCCUGCCAGGCCCGUCGUUGGUCGUGCCGUUCCUCGGCAGCAUCGUGCCCAUGAUACGAGACCCGGCCGGGUUCUGGGACACGCAGGCGGCCCGGGCAAAGAAGUCCGGUGCCGGGCUGGCGGCUGACUUCGUGGUCGGCCGGUUCAUCGUCUUCAUCCGCGACUCGGAGCUAUCCCACCGCGUGUUCGCCAACGUCCGCCCCGACGCCUUCCAGUUCGUCGGCCACCCUUUCGGCAAGGACCUCUUCGGCAUCUUCUACCUGUUCGGCGACGAGCACAAGGACCUGCGCCGCAGGAUGGCGCCCAACUUCACGCCGCGCACUCUCUCCACCUACGCCGCCGUCCAGCAGCGCAUCAUCCUUGCCCACAUCCGGAGGUUGCUAGACCGGAACCGGAGAUCAGUCGCGGCGCCGAUACAGGUGACCUGCCGCAACAUAAACCUCGAGACCUCACAGACGGUCUUCGUAGGGCCGUACCUCACCGAGGAGGCGAGGGAGAGAUUCGACAAGGACUACGCCCUCUUCAACGCGGGUCUCCUGGCAAUGCCCGUGGACCUGCCCGGGUUCGCCUUCAGACGCGCGAAGCUGGCCGUGGCGCGGCUGGUGCGCACGCUCGGGGAGUGCGUGCGCCAGAGCAAGGCACGGAUGCGCGCCGGCGGCGAGCCGGAGUGCCUCGCUGACUACUGGAUGCAGGCCCUGGUGAAAGAGAUCGACGCGGCCGCGACGCCUCCCGUGCACACCGAUGACGUGGAGCUUGGGGGGUUUCUGUUCGACUUCCUCUUCGCCGCCCAGGACGCGUCCACCUCUUCGCUCUGCUGGGCUGUCGCCGCCCUGGCGUCCCACCCAGACGUCCUCGCCCGCGUGCGCGCCGAGGUGUCCGCGGUCUGGUCGCCCGAGUCCGGGGAGCCCAUCACCGGCGAGAAGAUCCAGCAAAUGAAGUACACCCAUGCGGUCGCGCGCGAGGUGGUCCGCUACCGUCCUCCGGCGGCGCUGGUGCCGCACAUUGCCGCGGAGCCGUUCCAGCUGACGGAGUGGUACACGGUGCCGAAAGGCGCCAUCGUGUUCCCGUCGGUGUACGAGUCGUCGUUCCAGGGGUUCGCCGCGGCGGACGAGUUCGACCCGGAUCGCUUCUUCUCGGAGGAGCGCAGGGAGGACGCGGUGUGCAAGCGCAACUUCCUGGCCUUCGGCGCUGGCGCGCACCAGUGCAUGGGGCAGCGGUACGCCCUCAACCACCUCGCGCUUUUCAUGGCGCUCUUCGUGUCCGUCGUCGACUUCAAGCGGGACUGGACGGAGGGAUGCGACGAGCUGGUGUACGCGCCGGCCGUCAUGCCUAGGGAUGGCUGCGCCGUCUACCUCCAGCAGCGUUGCUCUUCGUUCUGAGCUGCUCCAGCUACUUCCCUUCCCUUCCCUUGUGCAUGCAAAUGCGCGGGCUAUGUAUCUACCAAAAAUGCUACACUUACGAAACCCAGCUACGUAAAGCUACGUUCUUUCCAUAACGCUAAACUAAUCGCCCUUCCUGAUUUUCAGGGGUGGGCCUGGGCCUAUUUCCUUUCCAACCAAAUCAGGCCAGGUCACCUUUUACGUAGGUUACGUAGAAAUCUUUACGUAGAUGUAGCAUGUGUUGGCACAUAAUAAAAGAAAACAUGGCGAUCAAAUAAUUAUCCCAAUUUAAGAUGAUCAUGGUGACAUGUGGUUUCCAUUCAUACAGUAAUAAAUUGAUUCUCUCGUUUCUUCCUCCCUCGGCAAUCUUCAUUUCUU